AGCAGCAAGAUCUCAACCUGAAACGUAAUAGCAAACUGAAAUCUCUCAUAAACCCUAAAUCCCCAAAUCGAAAUCUGCAAACGAAAAAGAUGAUUCGAAGAAGAAUCUCUUCGAUCAUUUCAACAUCACUCCUCAAUUCAUCGAUUCACCACGCCUCCAAACCCAGAUUCGUCACCUCUUCGCCGCUUCUCCAAUGCCGUCGAUCUCCGAUCCUUACUCAGACUCCUACCUUUGCAAGGUCGUUUCAGGGGAUCAGGGCGUACAGUUUACUGAGCUUGAACGAUCUGAGAGACAAUGUGCCGAGGAAGCUGAAGACGAGGAAAGGAAGAGGUAUCGGGUCGGGUAAAGGUAAAACUGCGGGACGAGGUCACAAGGGGCAGAAGGCGAGAGGGACGAUGAAGUUUGGUUUCGAAGGUGGGCAGACUCCUUUACGACGUCGUUUACCCAAACGUGGCUUCAAGAACAAGUUUAAGCUUCAUUUUCAGCCUGUUGGUCUUGGGAAGAUCGCUAAACUCAUAAACGCUGGGGAGAUUGAUUCGCAUGAGUUGAUCACGAUGAAGACUCUCAAGGAUGUGGGAGCCAUAGGGAAGCAAAUAGAAGACGGAGUAAGACUAAUGGGUCGUGGUGCUGAUGAGAUCAAAUGGCCACUUCAUUUUGAGGUUUCGAGAGUGACUGUUAGGGCCAAAGAAGUGGUGGAAGCAGCAGGAGGAUCAGUGAGGAGGGUGUAUUACAACAAACUGGGCUUGAGGGCAUUGCUUAAACCGGAAUGGUUUGAGAAGAAAGGAAGGCUAUUGCCAAAAGCGGCGAGACCACCUCCUAAACAACAAGAUAGGGUCGAUAGCAUCGGACGUCUUCCCGCUCCGAAGAAACCCAUCCCGUUUUUUUCAGCUGAGGAAAACAAAGUCGAAUCUCCUGUUGAAUCAUGAUUUUCUGUUUAGUUCUUAACGUUUAGUGUCUCAUUUUGAGUUCUUUGUGUGUUUCUUGGUCAUGCUCUUACAAGAAAAUUUGAGCAUAGCGGAUUUCUGUUGUACCAAAUAAUGUCAUCCUCGUUAAAAAAUUUACUUGGUCAUAAGCUCGUUAGCAUC